AUGGGUGACACAACAGAAGAUAGAAAAAUUAAACGAAGGAAUAGAAUUAGCUUAGCAUGUGCGGCAUGCAAAAAGAAGAAAACAAAAUGUGAUAGAGGAAGACCAUGUUCAUUAUGUGUUAAGAAUAAGACAGAAGAUCAAUGUACCUAUGAUGAAAGAAUUCUGAAUCUACCCGCUGACAAGAAAAGACGUUUAAUUGAAAAACAUAAUAUUCAACAUGCGGCUACUGUUACUGGUACCAAUGUUACUACAGGUAUAGCCACAGGUACUAAUCUGACGACCAAAAGAAAUGACGUUUGCGUGCUUAUACCCAAAUUUGAAUUAGAGCAACUACAAAACAAACUCAAAAGACUUGAAUCAGAAUCAUAUACACAUGGCUCAACAACAACAACAACAACAACCAAAGAACUACCAAUUGUCUAUGUCGAUGCUGACCCAGAUGUCGUAUUUAACAAAUCAAUAGGCACUUAUCGCAAAGUAAUCUUUUCCUAUCAUGACGAAACGCUUCCUGGACACAUCCCUAUGGAGAAUAUAAUGGCAGAUAGGAUCGAACCCGUAGAUCCAAGUCUAUCAAUCACCAGCAAGAUGCGAUUAUCGGAAAUAUCUCCAUCCCAAGACCAUUUCAUAGUUGGAGUGAACCCAUAUAAUGAUCCUGAAGACACGAUUAAUUUCGAUGAUAAAGUAAUACCCACCAAUCGAGGAAGUAGACCUACUUAUUUUUCACCGCUUUCAUGGACGUAUAUUACUAGAAAUAGUGAAACUUUGGCAUUGAUUAGGAAAUAUGCUUCUCAAGAUAAUAAUGCGAAACGGAGUGGGAGUAGUGGGGUGGUUCCAUUUCCCAUGGAAACGUUCAAGAAAAUGAUGAUACCCAGUGAUGAGAAAAUAAAGUCGACUUUGAAUUUGGAUGGGAGUCAAGUGGACCGAUUUGAAGAAAAACUGAAAGCGACUGAGGAUGGUGAUGAUGAGAAUGAAGAAUAUCCAAAUCAACAACAGAAAGUGAAGCAGGAGAAGCAGAGUAGUCCAAGGAUUGAUAUGAACAAAAUGAAUAUGAGCAGUUUUACCCUCGGAUUAACAAUAUUAGGAGGCAGACCACGAGAUCGAGAAUUGAAUCUAAUUGAACAAAUCAAAAAUAUUAUGCCCAGAAGGAAAGUCAUUUGGUUAUUGAUUAAACGAUUUUUCAGUAUUUUAUAUCCAUUCUUCCCAUAUAUCGAUGAACGUGAUUUCCGGGCUCAGACAGCUAGAUUAGUCGGAGUUGAGUCAUAUUUAGAUGAACCACCUACUGUUGAGAUUAGUAAACGAUUAGAUUUGGCUCACGUUAGUUUAUUAUUCGUGAUAUUGAGAUUGAGUUAUUUAAGUUUAUUUUAUAAUCGAAGUUAUCAUAAUGAAACAAUCUUAACCAAAUCUGACUUGAGUCCAGAUGAGGCUGAAAAGAAAUAUCUCCUACUUAAUCCAAUCAACAUAUAUGCUAUCGAUGUUGCUCGUGAAUGUUCUCAUCAUUUCCAUCGUUUGGGGAAAGUCAGUUUUCCCAUCUUACAUGCGGCAUUUUAUCUCAGGAUAUAUAGUAUCUUUGCACCAGAAGAAGGGGAUGGGAUUGAGGGUGGAGACGGUUUAUCCCAGAAUAAUAAUUUAAUCUCAAUGUGUUAUUCCCUCGGAUUGAACCGUGAUCCAGACAAGUUUCCUAAUGACUUAAGCGAAAGAACCAAGAAUCUAUAUAGAAAAGUAUGGCAUUAUGUGGUUGUAUUGGAACAUAUUCAUGCUUAUACUUUUGGAGCUCCUAUUUCGAUCAAGCUGGAGUAUUAUGAUACUAAGAGACCAUUUUAUACUAUUGAGAAUUCCAAUCUUGUGGAUGUUGAACUUGAAAAAACCUCCCAUGCGGUAUUUGCAUUCGGAACUGCAUUAGUAAAAGGGCCAAUUCAUGAUCUUAUCAAUAUUUAUUCUAGUGUCGGAAAAGAUGUGAAAGUUAUGGAUUUGACUACUCAUUUGAAUCAUUCGGAACAAGGGGUAUUUAAGAUCAUGGGGAAGGUGAAUGAUUAUGUAAAUGUACUUGAAUCCGACGAUUCUAGUUAUCAUACCACCAAGAUUAUGAAGGUGACGAUAUUAUUAAGAUUGCAUGUUUUCUUUUUGGUUAAUUAUUGUAAUUUGUUUAAUUACUAUGAGAGAAGGAAUAAUAAACUUGGGUUUUUCUAUUUGAAGAAAUUAAUGGCUCUCGCAUUAGAUGAAAUCUUACCGAAUAUAUUUGCAUUAAUUGCCAGAACUCAUGAAUUAUUUGGGGAAGGUGCUGAUUUAUAUAUCAACCCCUCGAUUAUUCAAGCACUUGUGAGAAUAUUUGAUGUUGCUUUAGUUGCGAUUGUUAGAACAAAUUUUUCAUUAUACAACAUGCUGGGAUCUCCAGAUCAUAAGACAAGACUAAAGACCGAUGUGAAGUAUAAAACAAUUUUUGAUGUUUCUAAUAAAUUCAUUAUUUCGAUGGAAAAAUCUUGUCGUAUUUGUUUAAUGGCAGCUUCAAUCUUAAGUAAUAGGUAUUAUUUUGCUUGGGCUGUUGUCAAGAGUCAAAAUUAUUUCUUGAAAUUAGUGACAAAUCCUCAAUUUUAUAAAGAUAAUUCUAAUUGUGAAUUACAAUUUUAUCAACCUAGCGCGGCUGAAGUUAAUGAAAUUGCCGAUAUGGCACUUGCUAGUUUGGCAUAUAUGGAAAAACGAGUUUCGAAAUAUUGUGAUUUGGAUAUUCCUUCGUUGUUCCGAAAACAAGACUCUCGAUCUGAAUCUCAUUCACGAGAAAAUUCAGCUGUUCCUUUUCCUCCAGCAUCACCCAUGCCUCUAAGUACCGGGUUUAGGGUAAGCAAUAGUAUAAGUCAAGCUUCUGAUUUAAGUACAUCUGAGGUAAAUACUCCAGCAAGUAUAGAUUCGUCGCAUGGGCUAUUCUUUGCUGGGUUCGAGGAUUUGACAUUUGAUAAUAGUGCUGAGAUUGAUUCUAUUUGGUUACAGAUGUUACAGCUGAGAAAUAAUAAUCAAGUGAGUGAGUUAAAUCCUGGAAAUAAUAAUGUCCCAAGUCAACAGACUGGGUACAGAGCCCAUGGAAAGGAGUUGUUAAAUGCUAAUGAGGGAAACAGUAGUGGCAUAGCUGUGCCAGUUGGUGCUGGAGCUGGUGGUAAUGGUAGUGGAAGUGGUUUUGGGGGACAGCUUAGUUAUGAUAAUGGGAAUAUGAGUGGUAAUGUUGGUAGUAAUUUUGGAUAUCCUAUGACGAAUCAAUUUUUUGAUAAUUUUUCAAGACCUCGUGAGCUUAAUGAUGUUUAUUUGGAUUUGUUUAAUGAUUUGCCAUUUGAUAAACUUUUUGGUUAA